GCUGGAGCGUCGGGGGAGUCAGGAGCACCGAUCGGGCGCUCCUUUCUCUCUCCUCCCCCUUUAGACCCCGCCGAGCACUCCAUCUCUCGCUCCUUCCCCCCUUCUCUCUCUCUCUCUCUUUCUCUUUCUUAAAUUGGCAUCGUCUCGGAGCUCGAAACAUGAUAACAGAACAGACUUGCUGCGCUCCGCGUUGUAGGGCUCUCCUCAACCCCGACCACUUUAAGCUGAAAUAAGAAGGCGUUCAGAGGACACACGGGGGGAGAGGGAGAGAGAGAGAGUAAGAGAGAGAGAGAGAGGGCAGAAAAAGAGAGGAUCGCACAGUAUCCUGUCAGCGGGUGCUCAGGAGGAGUAGCGAGAGAUUAGAUUUCUGCCACACACACCCUUCUCUGCUCCGUGUGCCCCUGCGCAUCGCAGACCCUCAGAAAGCGCCUGUGUCGCGUUGAACUACAGCAAAAAAAAAAAAAGUUAACAUGUAUCUGCGCGCUUUGAUACGUGCAAGCCUUGGAUUUUUGGGUUUCCUUUUGGUCGCCUUUGUCCAACAGUCAGCUUCAGGAAGUAAAACCACUCAAGAUGUGGACGAAUGUGCAGAGGCUCUUGACAACUGCAGCAUUGAUGCCAUCUGUCAGAACACCCCAAAGUCUUACAAAUGCAUCUGCAAGUCAGGCUACAAAGGAGACGGCAAACACUGUGAAGACGUCGACGAGUGUGCAACAGAGUACAAUGGAGGGUGUGUCCACGAGUGCAUCAACAUCCCAGGGAAUUACAGGUGCACGUGCUACGAUGGCUUCCGUCUGGCUCAUGAUGGGCACAACUGUCUGGACGUGGACGAGUGCUCGGAAGGCAACGGUGGAUGCCAGCAGAUUUGUGUCAACAUGAUGGGCAGCUAUGAGUGCCGCUGCAGAGAAGGAUUCCUCCUGAGUGACAACCAGCACACGUGCAUCCAGAGGCCGAAAGUGCAACCAGAAGGCACAAAGGAGGGGCCCACCUGCAUGGACAAGAACCACGGCUGCGCGCACAUCUGCAGGGAAGCGCAGAAGGGUGGCAUCUCCUGUGAGUGCCGGCCUGGAUUCCAGCUCACCCGGAACAUGAAGGACUGCAAACUGACGUGCAACUACGGCAACGGAGGCUGCCAGCACAUCUGCGAGGAGACGGAUCACGGCCCCAAAUGUUCCUGCCACAUGAAGUUUGUCCUCCACAGCGAUGGAAAGACUUGUGUAGGGGAGAGGAGUGUCCCGUCCCAGGCAGCCCCACAGCUGUUCCCCAAUGAGACCUGUGCGGUGAACAACGGCGGCUGCGACAGCACGUGUCACGAUUCUGUGACAGGGGUCCGCUGCAGCUGCCCUGUUGGCUUCACUCUGCUGCCGGACCGCAAGACCUGCAAAGACAUUGAUGAGUGCCGUCUGAACAAUGGGGGGUGUGACCAUGUGUGCCGGAACACCGUGGGCAGCUUCGAGUGCAGCUGCAAGAAAGGCUACAAGCUGCUAACCAACGAGAGGACCUGUCAAGAUAUCGAUGAAUGCUCCUUUGACCGUGCCUGCGACCACUUCUGCGUCAACUCUGCCGGCAGCUUCCAGUGUCUCUGUAACAAAGGCUACGUUCUCUACGGCCUGGCCCACUGCGGAGACAUUGACGAGUGCAGUAUAAAUCGCGGAGGCUGCAAACACGGCUGCAUCAACACUCUGGGGAGCUACGAGUGUACCUGUCCGCCUGGAUAUAAGCUCCACUGGAACAAGAAGGAUUGCUUUGAGCUGGUGAAAUGUCCUCCUGGACUUGUGGCACCGAAGGCCACCCUGACCUGCAGCAAGACGGGCAAAAAGGAGAGCUGUUCUCUUACCUGUGCUUCCAAGGCCUACUAUCUGGCCGGGACAAAUAACAGCUACUCGGUCAGCUGCGGCAUCCCGAUUCUCACAGGAAAGCCCCCUGCCAGGAUCAAUUCCAGCAUCAUUCAAGGCUGCAUAGAGACUUUGGCGCCUCCAGUGAAACAGAAGGCUUCUUUCAAGAUCAAAAAUGCCAAAUGUCACCUGCACCCGAAGCUGACCGGCAGGACCGAGGACAGGGGGCGGACCCUGGGACCAGGAGGGGGGCAGCCUUGCAGCAACUGCCAGGUGACAUUCGUUAACCUCACAUGCGACUCCUCCAAGAAAGCUAAAGGACGACACGCUCGCAAUCCCUCCAACAAAGGAGUAACGCGCAUCACCUUGGAGCUGGAAGCCGAGGUCAAACCCGGAGACACCACAGGAAGCUGCAACUUGAGCUGUCUGCGGCAGCGCAUGGAGAAGCAGGUGAAAACGUACAUCAAGGCUCUGAAGAAGUCCAUCAACCAAGAGCGCUUUCUGAUCCGUGUUGCCGGUUUGGAGUACGAGGUGGCCCAGAAGCUUCCUCAGGCGGCGCCCGUUCAGGACCACUGUGCCCCCGGCUGGGAGAGGGUCAAUGGCAGAUGUGUAAUGUGUCUGCCUGGGUCCUACUACCACGGGGGACAGGAACGCUGUGUCCAGUGUCCACCCGGCACUUUCCAGGAGAAAGAGGGGCAGCUGGCCUGCGACCUCUGCCCUGGCAGCGACGGCCACGGGCCUGUUGGAGCUCGAAACAUCUCCUCCUGUGCAGGCCAGUGCCCAACGGGUUACUUUUCCAGCGAUGGCUUCAAACCCUGCCAGCCGUGUCCUCAGGGAACCUACCAGUCAGACCUGGGAAGGACGCUCUGUUUCCCCUGUGGUGGAGGACUGGGCACCAAGCGGGAAGGUGCCAGCUCCUUUCACGACUGUGAAGUCAAAGUCCAGUGUUCUCCAGGUCAUUACUACAACACCACCGUCCACCGCUGCAUUCGCUGCCCAGUGGGGACCUAUCAGACAGAGUUCAGGCAGAACUACUGCAUCACCUGUCCGGGAAACACCACCACCGACUUUGACGGAGCCACGAGCGUCUCGCAGUGCAAAAACAGGCAAUGUGGUGGUGAGAUGGGCGAGUUAAUGGGUUACAUCGAGUCGCCGAACUAUCCGGGUAACUACCCCGCCAACGUGGAGUGUAUCUGGAACAUCAACCCCCCGAGCAAGCGCAAGAUCCUGAUCGUGGUGCCGGAGAUUUUCCUCCCCUCGGAAGACGAGUGCGGAGAUGUUCUCGUUAUGAGGAAGAACUGGUCAGCUACAUCCAUCACCACCUACGAGACCUGUCAGACGUACGAGCGGCCCAUCGCCUUCACAGCCCGCUCCAGACGUCUGUGGAUCAACUUCAAGUCUAAUGAGGCCAACAGCGCCAGAGGUUUUCAGAUUCCCUAUGUGACUUAUGAUGAGGACUACGAGCAGCUCGUUGAAGACAUUGUGCGGGACGGAAGACUCUACGCUUCAGAAAACCACCAAGAAAUCCUGAAGGAUAAAAAACUGAUUAAGACUCUUUUCGACGUGCUAGCCAACCCAAACCACUACUUUAAGUACACCACUCGGGAGUCCAACGAGAUGCUUCCACGCUCCUUCAUACGCCUCAUAAGCAGCAAAGUGUCGGCCUUCCUGCGGCCAUACAAGUAAUACCCGGCAGCUGCUGAGGCUCCGGAUUGCGACACCCACCCCGACCCGCCCCUCGCCCUCUCCCGACAUUUCCCCGCCACCUUUCAGGCCGCAGCUCUUCCAGGACUCGUCGACACAAACCCCAUUAGACACGUCACUCAGCAGACCUGAGAAACGCCCAACAAUUCGGAACCGCGUUAGGUUUAUUCUGUCCUCUGUCUCCAGGUCUGCAUUCCUGCGCUCUAGCGUUUAGCGGGAAUGUUAAGUGUGUGGUUUCUGUUGUGUUGUGCAAUGGAACCACGUGUAAGGAGAAAAAAAAGAGAAAAAAAAAAAGAAGAAGCCUAUUUCAGACAGUAGGAGUGACAUUUUGUGUGUGCGGUUUGAGCCUGAUAGAGCUUGUUAUUGUGUUUGCUCCAGCUCCUACCAUUAAGUGUGAUUGUGUUGUGUAAAAGUGUUGCGUAACUCUGGUCCCAUCUUUGGUGUCUGAGCGCUGUCCUCGAGGAGGAGCGGUCGCUUAAAUCCUGCGUUCUCCAGCUCCUUUGAAGCCCGGCUGUAUUUUUGAGCUCUUAGAGCCAAUUUUCAACUGUUAAAACAGUUCAUCCGUGUUUUUGCUCCUUCAGUUUUUUUUAAGACUGCACCCGUGUUUCCCAAACCUCCGGGUUAUUCCUUCUGAUUGUUCUUUUUGUUUUGUUUUUUUUACCCCAAGCCAGCUACAAAGCAAACACAAAUGUGUGGUUUGUCAUUCCAUGGAACCAAGCGGACAUUCGGGAGAUAAAUGAUGGGGAGAGAUUGGAUGUUGUGAUGUCUGGUGGAAACAUGUUUCAGAGUGAGAGUAAUGUCUCUGUGGGACAUUAUGUUUGCUGCUUCUUUUUUUUUUUUAAAAAAAAGGUCACUUUAAUUCUUCAGUCUCAUUGUCUUUCUCAUGUACUCUUUAUACUAUUCUGUAGGAUUCAAACUAAAGGGAAGCUCAGAAUCCGUAAUUUUUUUUUUUAUUUUUUUUUUACAUCCAUUAAGUUGAUAAUCUCUCGUUAAUUGUCUGUGGAUUUACGGUUAUCUUGUGUGUUUUUGUUUUGGUCUUGUAAAUAGUGAAAAUAAAACUAGACGAGGGUUGAAAUUUCUAUUCCUGAUUCUUAGCCCCGCCCCCCUUCAUCUCUUCCCAGAUCCAAUUGUUUCUCUGCCCCUGAGGUCCUGCAAGUCUCAAAUCCAAAGACACCCAACACUCCCCCCGCCCCCCCACUCACUCUGUAUCCUGUCCCAAUGAAGACAGCUCUUCCAAAGACCGCUCACAUGGGGCGGUUAGAGUAGUUGCGUGCACUAGAUGUGGAACCAACCGUCCUGUUUUUAUUAAAGUGCAAUGAAGAAAAGAAAAAAAAAAGCCCUGUUGUGACCCACAAGGAAAACUUCAAAAUGUGUUUUGGGCUGUGAAGACUCCUUGCAUUAAAACUAUUUUAUCAUUUAUUUAGAUUUAAAUGAAUUUCUAGUUUUGGGGGGGAAAAAGUUGGUGGAAAAGGAAAAUAUUCAUUGUGUGCCAGAAAAAAAAAAAAAAAGAUAAGAAUGACUAAACAGGGUAAAAUAAUUUAAAUUGUAGAGAAAAUCUACCAUUUCUGACUUUAAUUAGCCUUUUUGGGAAAUCUGCUCAUUUGCCUUUUUUUUUUUUUUUU